GCGGGGUCGCGCACAUCGGGCCAUCGCACGCCAGCACCCGCCAGCUCGCUUAGCUCGCCGUCCCUUCCCCUCUCCUCGCCGCCGCCCAUGAUGGCCUCGGGCCUGCCUCUCAGAGACCGUCGCCAGUCCACAACGCCAGAACCUGACCCUGCCUGGCUCGUCACCCCCACCACUCCUCUCCGCAUCGCCAAACGUGACUCGCCCCAGCCCAAUCCCGGCGCACAGCUUUCCCGCCGCCAGUCGAACAGCUACAAGCACCUCAAGAGCAACCGACUGGUGUCCAAGUCGCCGUUUCGCUCGCAGGCGGCUGACGACGAGCCUCCCCGCGUAAGCGGCGAGAAGCGGCCCCGGCCGUUAUCGAUGGCCGCACAGGCUGAGAACGAGCACCCCCUGGGCUUCAAGCGCCGUCAGUCAAAGGUCUUCGAGGGCCUCCUCGUCAAGGAGCCUGUCUCCAACAGCCCCUUCAAGCAGCCAGAGCCCGUCCCUGACCCGCCCCUCCUCCCGCCCAAACUCGCCCCCCCGCUCCCCGUCCCCUCCUCCCCCGCCCGCCCAUCCCUCGUCUCCAAGCGGCUUCAUGGCCCCCGCGGCACCACCACGGGCUCUGUCAACAGCCGCCGCCAUCGCCGCAAGACGGUCAGCUUCGACGAACGCUGCGAGGUCGUCGAGUUCGACGUCGAGGAGGACGAGUUUGACGAGGAUGUGUUCGAGUCGGGCGAGGAGGAUGAGUUUGACGACGAGAGGGAGGAGGAUGGUGACGACGUUGAUGAUGACGAUGACAGCGUGCGACACCCGCAGCCGUCGGAGGAGAGCUACGACAGCUCGCAGGCGGGCAAUGACAGCAUCACUGGUCUGAUGGACUCGAUGCUCAAGGACCACUCGCAUCCUUCUCCGCACUCGCUUCCGUCUGAUAUUGAUAGCGUCGACAGUGUCCCAUAUGGCCCCACAAGGGCCGCAUUUGAUAUCGAUGUCCCAGGUGCAACUACUCCUCGCCCACCACGGAUACCUGCUGCCAACCCAAGCUCGCCGCUCGACUCGCCCGUCCCGCCCAGCAAGCUCACGUUGGCGUCCCUCGCGCCAGCAGACGCACAUGAACCGUUCGAGGAGCCUCUCCCAUCUCCAUACUCGCCAGAACAUCGGGUUCUCCCCGACAUUGCCGAGGAUGAUACUCUCCCCUACAUAACUGGCGAGCGCGACGUAAUGGACGCUCGCCUGUCCGCACGCUAUGCCGAAAAUUGUUCCCUGCUUCUUGACGUCCACAGCAAACCACUCCCUCCGCCUGAGCCCUCGACACCGCCCCAGCUCCCAUCAGACGCCGGCAUGGACCCCACCCAUCUCUCAAUCGGGCACUCCGAAGUCUCGCUGCACGGCCUCGCGCGCUCGGAACCUCUAACAACGGAUGAGACACCCCCAAUAUCCCGCGCAGCACUCUCGUCUCCUCCAUCCUCCAUGCCCCCCGUCCUUGCACCAGACAAGAGUCGUUUCAGCGACAGCCAAGCGCGCGCCUCUCCGCUCCUGGACCGGAUCGAGCCGUCACCCAUUUCGCUCCCACGCGGACUCACCCUCACUCCGCCCGUCCCGCCCAAGGAUGGCGUUCCACCGAGCCCGUUGUCCCUUGCGAGUGGGUUGCCACCUCCGGUUUGGCCGUUCAUCGCGUCACAGACGGGGCGGCGGGGGCUCGGGUCGCCGCUCAGGCGUGCGGUGGAAACGAGGUUGGAUAACGAUACAUCAAUCAUCUCGGACCCGAGUGCCAAGGAUACCGAACCUGACGACAUGGAGCAUGAGGCGGACGAUGAGCAGGAUGCGAAGAUUGGCACGGAGAGCCUCGUGCGGCCACGCAUGAACCGCGCGAUGAACCUAACACACGACGGCGUGCUCGCUCUUGACCCCGAGCCACAGCCAAUCGACCCGCCGCGCCCGACAAUCCACACGCGCGCGCACACGGACACAGUUACUCCAUUGCAGGAACCCGCGCUUGGUGAGGGUUUAGACGAGAGUCGUCCGCCUGCACAGCGCCUGGAGGACGUGAGCGCGCUGGAUCAGCUGAUCAAGGAUGUUGCACAAACUAGUACGAACGCCCCGUCCGCUGUGGAGCAUGCGCAGGCACAGGUGGACGCUGUCGCGGAGGGCAUCAAGGCGCUCCAGUUUGAUAACAUCCCGACGCCCUCGGACGAGGCGGCAUACGAGAUUGAGACGGUGGAUGCCCGCCGCCCUGGUCAUGCGCGGUCGCGAAGCGAGCCUGCUCCGCUGGAGUUCCGCAUAUCUCCUCCCGACGAGGACGAGGAGCGCCCUGCGCCUGCGCCUGCACCAGUGCCGAUGCCGCCUACGAAGGAUCGUGAUGAUAGAGGGCGAGACGUGGUGAAGGAGACUCAGGAGACAGAAGGACGGCCGGGAAAGCGGAGGACGAAGAGUGCGAGCGCAGUGGAAGUGCGCAGCGGUGGGUUGUUGGACAUGCUGCCGAUCGAGAAGGAGGACCCGUUGGAGUACAGCAUCAAUCGUGAGUUGAAGCGGCUGGAAGUUGCGGCCAAGAGCAAAUAUCGCGUUCGAGAGCACAAAGAAAUGAUUUAUGCAACCUCGGAUGUGGGGCAUGCAUCUUCUGCUGAUAUUGCGGUAGAAGUCGAACCUGAUCGGGCGUGGAAGACGGUCAGGCAGCCGUCGGAUAUGAACGAGUAUGCGGACCAGAUCAGAGAGCUGCAUGCGCAAGACAAGUCGGGCAAGAUGUACGGGAAGGUGUUCGUUAAAGUGCUUGGGAUCAAGAGCAUCGUCCCUCCUAUACCUGACCACCCGACUGUCAUCAACUGCACGUUGAACAAUGGCAUACACUAUGUCACCACGCCUGAAUGUCGGCUCGAGCGAGAGUGCCGGAUCGAGCAGGAGUUCGAGCUCAUUGAACAUAGCAAGCUCGAGUUCACGCUGACGAUUAAAGUCCGCCGCGAUCCACACAUCAUAAUGCAGUUCAAAGCGAAUGACCCACCACCACCCCCUCCUACGCAACCCGUCACCCGACAGGCACCUCCUCCCGCUUCCAAGGGCGGCAAACGCCCCUUCUUCUGGCAGUCCGGGCCCAAAAAGAACAGUCGAGCGAUCAUGCCACCGCCCGCCGCGACUCCCGCGCCCGUGCCCGCGUCCUCCGAGCCGCGGAUGGUAGAGAACCUGGCGCGGUACCUGAAAGGGGACGGGACAUUUGCGCGCGCGUUCGUGUCAUUUCGGGACAUUGCAGCGCGGUGCGACACGAAGCUGCUCGAGACGAGCUAUCCGCUUAUCGGGCAGCGCGCGGAGAGCAAGACGACAACAAAGACGAUGCAGGUCGGUGAGAUCAUGCUGCAGAUCUUCAGGUUGCCUCCGCUGCCGGGCGUCGCGGCGGAGCAGCUGCCGCAAAGCCUGGAGGAGUGCCACCGUGGCUUGAGGCAUACUGCGUGGCAUAAGGUGACCUAUUUCGAGGGUACGCUGACACAGUAUGGUGGCGAUUGCAAUUCUUGGCGGCGACGCCACUUCAGGCUGACCGGGUCCAAGCUCGUAGCCCAUAAUGACGUCACGAAGAAAAUAACAUCGGUUAUCGACUUGAGAAAGCUGACUGCAGUUGAGGACGAUGAGGACAUUCGUUCGUCGAUGAAGAGCCCUUCGUCUGGGUCAAGCUCGCAUAGUCGGCACCUCGACGAGUUUGAUGGGCCCUAUGGCGCGCAGCGAUCCUUCCGCCUGUUGUUUACUCACGAUCAGGUCAUCGUAUUCUUUGCUGAUACGGAUGAGGACAAGGCGAGAUGGCUGGAGGUGCUACGAGCCCUUGUGGGACGCAUCCCGCCCAAUCCACUCUGGGCAGAGCUAGUAUGGCACCACCAGCAAGAGCUCGCCAAGCAGACGGUGCAGCCCAAAAUGCACAACAGCGCGCCGAACCGCUGACCACGUAUUCUCGUCAUGACUUGCAUGACCGCCCCGUCCACAUUCUCUGAUCUCGCAUCUUCCGUCUCCAUCUCAUCGCCAGACAGACAGACAUUAAUCAUCGCAUCGCAUCGCAUUCGCAUUGUAUUCCAUAGCUCCCACAGCUUUUUCAUACCUCUCUCUCUCUUGUCAUGUCAUGCGGGAGUGCGUCCUGGACGGACCAUGAAUGCGGGCACGGGCACGGUCCACGGACGCUCUCAUUGUAUCGCAUACCCCUCAUAAUGCAUACCGGCUCGUAAUGCAUAACGUUAUAUCGGUAUAUCGUAGCGCAUAAUAUAGCCGCAUAAUGUUAUGUACCCGUAGCCUUAGAUGGUCUUGGACGAAUAUACCUCUCAUCGUCGUCAGUCGCAUGUGUCACCGUGCAUGAUGUUGGACAAAUCAUCUCGUGAGCGCUUGAACAGCUCUGGCGGAUCGAUGAUGCGGCAUGCUGUUCCGUGUUUU